AUGACGGGCAGUCUCAAGCAAGCCGCUGAAUCGGCUCGGAACAAGACCACCGAAGUCAUGAAUGCAGCCAAGGGUGAUGGCGCUGCUGUCGCCAACGAUAUCCUGCACACACCGCUCAUGAGAGCCGCACUGCCCUUCAUCAACGGAGGCAUUAGUGGCAUGGUGGCUACCACGGUCAUCCAGCCUGUCGACAUGGUGAAAGUGCGCAUCCAACUCGCAGGCGAGGGAACGUCCACGGGCCCCAAGCCUACGCCUCUGUCUGUCACUCGACAGAUCAUUUCGAGCGGCAAAGUCCUGGACUUGUACACGGGCUUGUCUGCUGGCCUGCUCCGCCAAGCUGUAUAUACCACGGCCCGCUUGGGUCUCUUCGACACCAUUAUGGGUCGAUUGACAGCGAGGGCGAAGGCCCAGGACAGGAGCAUUGGCUUUCGCGAGCGAGCGACGGCGGGCCUCACCGCCGGCGGUAUCGCCGCCAUGAUCGGAAACCCAGCUGACCUUGCACUCAUUCGCAUGCAGAGCGACGGACUGAAGCCACUGGCUGAGCGAAAGAAUUACAAGUCUGUCAUCGAUGCGCUUGGAUCGAUUGCCAAAAGCGAAGGUGUUGGUGCGCUCUGGUCCGGUGCCGCGCCGACUGUUGUCCGUGCCAUGGCACUCAACUUCGGCCAGCUUGCCUUCUUUAGCGAGGCCAAGGUGCAGCUUAAGCAGAAGACGGACAUGUCCGCUCGCUCACAGACCCUGGCUGCCAGCGCCAUUGCUGGCUUCUUUGCCAGUUUCUUCAGCUUGCCCUUCGACUUCGUCAAGACUCGCCUCCAGAAGCAGCAGAAGGGACCUGACGGAAAGCUACCCUACAAGGGCAUGGCUGACUGUUUUGCCAAAGUCGCCAAGCAAGAGGGGAUCCUGCGGUUCUAUCGUGGCUUCAGCACAUACUAUGUUCGAAUUGCUCCACAUGCGAUGGUGACGCUGAUCGUUGCUGAUUACCUCGGCUGGUUGACCAAAUAA